AUGACGUUAGAGCAAGUUGAGGCUAACCAAGUUACCAUGAGGACAGACAUCAAUACGAUCCAAGAGAAAAUGGAUCAACUGUUGGAGACAAUGCUCGCAAUUUCCCAAAGAGAGAGGGUUGUGGAUGAAGAAGCUAGGGCAAAAAGGAAUGAUAGCACACCAGGUUUGGACCCCCAAGACGAGAGUUUCGUCCCCACCAAGAAGAGACUGGUUCAUAUACCGGUAGGAGGCAAAAGAGAUGGGGAUUAUGCAGAGCCUUCUGAUGCGUCUACUCAUCAUAGAUCCGAAAUUGGAGAUGACCUGUACGAUGAUUUCUAUGUGCCUGAUCAAUCGAAGCCUAAGACAUUUCUAGAUCUUGUUGCAGAUAGGCUCCGUACCCUGGAAAAGAAGAUCAAAGCUAUAGAGGGGAAUAAUAUCUUCGGCACCUCUGCCAUGAACAUGCAUUUGGUAUCAAAUUUGGUCAUCCUGGCUAAAUUUAAAACUCCUGAUUUAGAGAAAUACAGAGGACAGACUUGCCCAAGAAGUCACCUAGUAAUGUACUUCAGGAAAAUGGCUGCUCAUACCGAAAAUGACAAACUGCUUAUACACUGUUUCCAAGACAGCCUAAGUGGAGCGUCCCUAAGAUGGUACAUGAGCUUAGAGCAGGGGCGGAUUCAAAGCUGGGAGGAUUUGGCUGACGCAUUUCUCCGUCAGUACAAAUAUAACUUAGAUAUGGCACCUGACCAAAUGCAGUUACAAGGCAUGUCCAUGAAAGAAAAUGAGUCAUUUAAAGAAUAUGCCCAGCGAUGA